GCCAAAGUAAUAUAAUUUCCAAUGCUAUAAAAGGAGAAACCUUUCUCUCCAUUUUGACCUCAAUUUUCCAUUCCCAUUUCCAAAAUUCAGAACCAGACCUCAAUUCCCCACCGACCUAGAUAUGGAAACAGCCAUCAAUAGACAGCGAAUUUUACUCCAACAUCUUCAACCUUCUUCAUCAUCAUCUUCUCCUCGACCUGAAUCCUCCCCAAUUUCUGCAUCGGAAUGUUUGGCUGGGGAUAGUGCUGCUUACCAGAGAAAUCAUGUGUUUGGGGAUGAUGUCGUUAUUGUGGCAGCUUACCGGACUGCACUUUGCAAAUCCAAACGUGGUGGGUUUAAGGAUACUUACCCUGAUGAUCUUCUGGCCCCUGUUUUGAAGGCAUUGAUAGACAAAACUAAUUUGAACCCAAGUGAAGUUGGAGAUAUUGUUGUGGGUUCAGUCUUGGCACCGGGUUCCCAACGGGCAAGUGAAUGUAGAAUGGCUGCAUUCUAUGCUGGUUUCCCUGAGACUGUCCCGGUUAGAACUGUGAACAGGCAAUGUUCAUCUGGACUUCAGGCAGUUGCUGAUGUAGCUGCUGCUAUAAAGGCGGGAUUUUAUGAUAUUGGUAUUGGUGCUGGAUUGGAAUCAAUGACGGUGAAUCCAAUGGCGUGGGAAGGCUCGGUGAACCCAAAAGUCAAAAUCUUUGAACAAGCCCAGAACUGCCUUCUUCCAAUGGGGAUUACCUCAGAAAAUGUUGCAAGUCGCUUUGGUGUGUCAAGAAAGGAACAAGAUCAGGCUGCAGUUGAGUCUCAUAGACGGGCUGCUGCAGCUACUGCUUCUGGUAAAUUUAAGGAUGAAAUUAUCCCCGUGGCUACCAAGAUUGUUGAUCCCAAAACUGGUCAGGAGACACCAGUCACAAUAUCUGUUGAUGAUGGUAUUCGACCCAAUGCAUCAUUGGCAGAUUUGGGAAAGCUGAGACCUGUGUUUAAGAAAGAUGGAACCACAACAGCAGGCAAUUCUAGCCAGGUCAGUGAUGGAGCUGGAGCUGUCCUCUUAAUGAAGAGAAGUGUCGCAGAUAAAAAGGGCAUGCCAAUUCUCGGUGUAUUCAGGACUUUUGCUGCUGUAGGUGUGGAUCCUGCCAUCAUGGGAGUUGGCCCCGCUGCUGCAAUUCCCGCUGCAGUGAAGGCUGCUGGUCUUGAACUGGAUGAUAUUGAUCUCUUUGAGAUAAAUGAGGCAUUUGCUUCCCAAUUUGUGUAUUGCCGUAAUAAGCUGGGUCUUGACCCCGAAAAAAUCAAUGUGAAUGGCGGUGCAAUGGCCAUUGGACAUCCUUUGGGUGCUACAGGUGCUCGUUGUGUUGCAACUUUACUGCAUGAGAUGAAACGCCGUGGCAAAGACUGUCGUUUUGGAGUUAUCUCAAUGUGCAUAGGUAUGUUCUCGCACCCUCUUUCUCUUAGCGAUUUGUUUUAUGCAGGUUGUUGGUGUGGGGUGUCAUUAAUCGAAAUGUUAAUGUAGGGACGGGAAUGGGGGCAGCAGCUGUUUUCGAAAGGGCUGAUCACGGUGACGAGCUAUGCAACGCUAGGGUUGCUCGGUAGUCACUUAUCCUCUGCUACGUUUCUUACCAAUAAUGUGAUGUUGUUGGCCUUUGGGAUUUGGGAAUUAAUAAGAAAGUGUUAUCUUUUGUAAGAAUCUUAUCAUAAAGAGGAUAUGUUUUGCCUUUUAACACUUGAGACAUUGAAACAGUUCAAGUGUUUAUUAUAGUAUUAUUAUUAUUAUACUUACAUUGUAUUGCUGAGUUUAAUUUUCCAAUCCAAAUGCCUUUUUUUA